AUGGCUUGGGACCCGAACCAUCUGCCCGGGGGUGCCUCCCGACGGUUAAUCAGGACUCGGGAAGCUGCCCUGGAGGUCAGCCGUAAGGCAGUUGAAGAUCAGCUAAAGAUAUGUGGCCGCAAGAGGGAUGCUGAUGUCUAUGAGCUGUUCCUUUCUCAAAAGGAUCUGACAGAGGUCAUCGAUCUAUCUAGGUUUAAAAAAUUAAAAUACCUAUGGCUACAGCACAACAAGCUCCAAGGAAUAACCUUUCUAACUAGAAACUCUUGUCUGACAGAACUGUAUCUAAACAACAAUGCCAUCUUUGAGAUAAAAGGCCUGCACUCUUUGCCUUCAUUGUACAUACUCUUGCUACACCACAAUGAGCUGACAAACAUUGAUGCCACAGUGAAAGAGUUAAAGGGGAUGCCAAAUCUGAAGAUCCUAAGUCUCUACCAAAACCCUUUGUGCCAAUAUAACCUGUACCGUUUAUAUAUAAUCAACCACCUUCCAGGAAUAGAAUUUCUUGACCAAAAUCAAGUUACAGAAAAAGAAAGAAGAUCAAUGAUUACCAUUUUUAACCAUAGAAGGACUCAUAUUGUUCAAUCAAUAGCAUUCCAAAGAAGAGUAGAUGCCUCAUGGAAUCCUAGAGCACCAUUUAAGCAAAAACCAUCCCAGAGAGUACCUCCAGACUUUGCAUUUGCGAAUAAUGUAGACAAAACUGUGUUUGAUGACCCAGAAGAUGCUGUGUUCGUAAGGUCCAUGAAGAGAUCAGCUAUGGCUACUACCUCCCUGAACUGGGACACAGUUCCAACACGAGAGGAAAAAUACCUUGAUGAGAAAGGCACAGAGCCUCAAAUGCUCACAGUUACUCUGAGAUAACCUCUGAUAUUUCUAGAAAUCCUAGUGGUUUUCUGUUAUUAAACUUUCUGUUAUUAAACUUUCUGUUAUUAAACUUCUCUGCCUAAACUUCUCUUAGGCAUAUUAUAUAUUUAUUCUAUUAUAACAUGUGAAUGUAAACAGCAACACCACUAAUAUAAUCCCUAUACAUUUUAUGUUUUUGUUAAAGUAAAAUGUAUAUACAGAAAUGUACACAAAUCAUCAAGUGUUCAGCUCGACAAAAUUUUCAAAAAAUGAACAUGUUCAUGUAACAGCAGUCCUAGAUCAAGAAAUAGACUAUUACCAGCACAUGAAGUGCUUCUUCAUUCCUGUUACCAGUCCUAUUACCUAUUAGUAGUAAUCACUGUUAUGAUUUCUAAGCUGUAAAUUAAUUGUGUCUGUCUUUGAAUGAUUUCAUUUAAAUCUUUCUGGUUUCUCUUACUCAAUACUAUAAAAUUCACCCAUGUUGUUGCUAGAGACAAUAGCUUUAUCAUUCUCAUUGCUGCAUGGUAUUCCAUUGUAUGAUUACACCACAAUUUAUUUAUCCAGUCUAUUGUCUUUUUAUGUCACCUUUAAAGGCAUGUGCCAGUUCUGGGUGUGGGCUAAUGAUGUGAGGUUGGCUUAGCUGGAAGCCUGCUGCUAGGAGAGAGACCAGAAAAGCUUUUAGCAUUUGCAUGGUGCUAAGAGACAAAAUGCACAGCUGGUUUUCCCCAGCUAAGCUAAAAAGCUAGACCAAAAGCUUAUAAAAAGCAGAGUAACAUUUCCUCCUAUCUGAUGGUACUUAGACACCACCACAAUGUAACACACACAGAAUAGAGACACACUGUAGAAGUGAGGCUGAAACCAAGCAGGCAGGGGAUGGAAGCCCUAGGGGGAACGGUGCACUGUCCCUGAGACUCUGUAACCUUCUUUCACCUGUGGCACUUAGGAUUCUAUACAAAACCAGAAAAUUCAGGAAUGGCCCCUGACAGAGUGUUGUACCUGGGGGAAGGAAAAGAGAUUUAUUUUGGUCAUUGGCAUGGGUGAGUGGCUCAAGACAAAAGUGAUAUAGUAUGUGGAUCCCAAGAUUUGGUCAGAGAAAGGAUUGAAAUGUUCUCUUGUUCUCUCCUCUGGAUCACUUAUUCUGUAAGAAGCCAGCUACCAUGUUGUGAGGACAUUUAUGCAGUCCUCUGGAGAGCUUCAUCGGGGAGGAACUGAGGCCCUGUGAGGGAAUCCUGUUGCCACAACCAUAUGAGUGAGCCAUCUUGCAAGCAGGUCCUCUGGAUCUAAUUAAAUCUUCAGAUGACUGCACUCCUGGCUGAAAGCUGUAUUGCACCCUCCUGAGAAAUGCCCAGCCAGAAUCAGUCAGUUAAGCUGUUCCUGUAUUUCUGGCCUGCAGAAACUACAUGAGAUAAUGCUUAUUGAUGCUUCAAGCUUGAUAAAUUCGGGGCUAAUUUCUUACACAGCAAUAGGUAACUAAUAGAAUAACUCAGUAUAACCUAUGGUGCUAGAAGUAUUUGUGGUAGGUAAGGAUACUUGGUGAAGCCUGGCAAACUCUAAGAAAGUCACGGAGCAGUCUCAAAAGGUUCUUGAGUAAGGCCAUACUACCUUCAGCAGAGAACUAGUCAUUGUUCGAAGAGCAGUUUUAGGCAAAUUACUGCAUCUGCCCUAAUACUAACAGCCUGACCAAUGAACAUCAGGUAACUUUGACCAAAGCUACUCAUCAUGAGCUGAGUACUCUCAGACCCACCAAGCAAUAGAUGGUGGGUGGCCAGAGCAGCAACUUAUUUCAUGAUGGAAAUGGUGGUAUAUUUGGGAUUAGAUUCAAGCUGGCCCAUACAUUGCAUAAGCAAUAUUCAUUUUGAAUUAGAUUGCAGUAAGUUAGAUAUUAUAAUCUCCAGGUUAACAACUAAAAGAAUUGUGAAAGUGUGUAGCUUGAUAUUUUAUUUUUAAACCUGCAAUUGCUGAAAAGGAUGAAAAAAUUAUUCCAAUUACAAAAAUACGGCUAGCAAAUUUUAAUCUCCUUGUAAAAGAACUAAUGAGAGAACGUCUCCUUUAUAUGAAGAAAAAGAUUUCCUUAAAAUGCACUCAUAUUUCAUACUCAGUAACGAAGGGCCGCAGAGUGGCUGUGACUGAAGAUUUGAAGAUAUUGUAAUAAAUACCAUGUAGGGACAAACACAAAAGAGAAGACACGAUCCUGACUUAAGUAACCUAAAACUCUACAAAAUGCAACACACAAUUAAGAUGGUGCUCUAAGUUCUUUGUUUUAAGCAACAGAGAACCAUUCAAGCUGACUGAAGUUUUCAGUUGAAUAUUUCAGGAUCCAUCAGCUCUCAUGACCAAGAAACAGAAAAUAUCAACUUAUAGAUCUAUAUACAGGGUAGCGGCUAAUGGUUGGGGCUCUACAAUCAGACCCAGCUGAGUUCUUCUGCUUACUAGUUGUUACUUGGACAAGUUAGCUAACUUCUCUAAGCUUUCAUUUCCUCUUAAUGGUAAUAACAGUUAAUUCAUAAAAUUUCAAGGAUUAAGUUAGACAAUGGACAUAAAGUCUUAGGUAGAGUGGCUUUCUCAGUCAGUGCUUGGUAUAUGUCAGCCAAUACUCUCAUUCUUUUACCAAGAGCAGUUGUGUCCUUUAGGAAUUGUAUCUGAUGUCAUAGACUGAAUGCUUGUGUCCUUACACAAAAAAAUCUGUAUACUGAAAUCUAACCCUCAACAUGAUGGUAUCUGGAGGCGGGGCCCUUGGGUGGUAGUUAGGUCAUGAGAGUAGAGCCCUCAUGAAGGGGAUUAUGCCUUUUUAAGAGGCCAGAAAGCUGGCUACCCUCCUUCUACUAUGUGAGAACAAAACAAUAAGAUGGCCUUCUGUAGACAGGAAGAGGGUAUUCACCAAAAGCUUGACCACUGUGAUGUCUUCUAGCAUCCACAACUAUGCAAAAUACAUGUUUAUUAUUUAAACCACCCCAAUUUAUGGUAAUUUGUUUUGUAGCAGCCCAAAGUAAGACACCUGGUGUCCUAGUCAGGGUUCUCCAGAGAAACUGAAUAGGGUAUAUGCAUAGAAAGAGAGAGAGUGUUUUAAGGAAUUGGUUCAUGACAUUUUGGGGGCUGGCAAAUACAGAAUUUGCAGGGCAGGCCAAGACAGGCCAGAAAUUUAAGAAUGAGUUGAUGUCGCAGUUUUGAGUCUGAAAUCUGGCAGUCCUUUAUUGGGACUUAUUUUGAUCUGUACUAUUGGUGCGUCCAUCCUGUCAGCUUCUUCAGCAUCAUGACUGGAUAUAUGAGGCAAAAAACAAAACAAAACAAAACAAAAAACAAAAGCCUCAGAGAAAAAACAAAAUGUCAUUGCUUGGAUCCUGAGGUCCCCAGCCAGUCUGCUUCAUUUCUCUAUCCUACAGUCUUAUGUUUGUUUGAUAUAUAAUAUCCAGGAUUUUAGUUUUACUUAGUAGAAGAAAUAGAGGGAAGUAUGUCUAUUCUGCUUCCCAGAAGCAAAAGUGUUUGGAUUAUUUUAAAGAUUUAUUUAUUUGAGAGAGAGAGAGAGAGAAAGAGAGAGAGAGCGAGCAUGCAGCAGGGGGGAGGGGCAGAGCAAGAGUGAGAAGCAGACUCCCCAGUAAGCAGGGAGCCCCUGUGGGGGGUACCAUCCCAGGACCAGGGAUCAUGACCUGAGCUGAAGGCAGACACUUAACCAACUGAGCCACCCAGGUGCUCCAAGAAAAAUUUCUUGAUAGCUUAUUGAAAAUAACUCAACAUGGUUUAAAAAAAAAAUGAACUAGAUGACCACCUAUUUUGACGGUAUUAUAAUAUAAUGGAAACAUCUAUUUGAAAUUAUGUAUAAUAAAGGAAGGGAGUAUAAUCAGAAUCAUUGUCUCUUAAACUCCAUUUUCAGACCACCUCUUCCCUGAAAUAUAUCUGUAGAAAAUUUUAAUGUUGACAUGGCUUACACCUCAAGUCCCCUUCGUCCACUGGCAGUUACAGCGGUGUUAGAGCUCUGAUUCAUGUCAGCAUUCCCUUCGAUGAAGGGAAAAAGUACCUCUACGUUGCCACAUCUCUUGCUUUUCCUAUUUCUUCCUGCUUUUUCAUAACCCCCCAUAGUAUCCGAAGACAGGCAUCAUGUUAACACAAAAUGGCGGUAACACAAACACACGCACACAAAAACAAUUAAAAACCAGAUAAUGCACAUAAAAAAGAUUGGUGAGGCUUGUCACAACUGACAAGUUUAGGUGCAAUCUGCCUGCUGAAUUCCUACCCAGUUAACCCUUCACACUGAAUUCGCUCACCUGAUGUCUUUCUGGAGCAGCGUGCUAGAGGGCGUGCAGAAGGUGUGGUGCUGGGGCUGGAAGAAGUCACUGAGAGGAAGGAAGAAGAGAGCCAGCAACUCAGAAGGAUAUGACCAGUGCAGUGAGGUGGGAAAUGC